AUGUAUCAUAUCGAAUCCAAUCCUUCUUCACCGCGCCGCGCGACCAGCUCCGGGUUGACAGAGGGGCGCGAACUGUUUGUUUCCGUUGAAGUAUACGUACCGAAUAAAGGGGCGGGUAGUAGCUCGCGAAGAGCUCUGGGGCAGAAGAAGAAAUCGGACGGCAAACUCGACUUCUUACGACCGCUCGCUGAGGAAGGACAGCGCAAGCUUAAAGAGAAGUCCAGUUGGCUCAACCUCACCCGGAACUCGACCGUUGCCGGCCAAUGGCGCCCGGCAACAUGUAAACUCUCGGAAGAGGGGGACAGUUGCGUAUUGCGCGUAUAUCUCGAGGAGACAACUCUUUGCCAUACAAUCCAAAUACAUCUCCUGAAUCACACCGAUAUUCGACAUGCCGAUAAGUCACUGUUUUGUCGAAGGAGUUGUUUAGGCAUCCACUGUGUCCCAGGUCAGCGAUGGUCGUCUGCUGGAGCCGACGCUCCGGUGUAUCUCUAUUUUGCCGAUACGGAUACACUCGAUAUCUGGACUGCGCUGCUGCGAUCGUAUGCGAUGCCAGAGAUUUAUGGCCGUCCAUUUUCUGCGGAGGGCGGGCUAUACCGGAUGUGGCGUGAAGCCAAACUUACCGUCAUCCAGGGGCGCAAGUUGGGCGUCAUGUCUUCCGGCUUUGGUGCAAGCAAGGGCGGAUCGAGCUCGGGCCCAUCUUCUGACAUUUCGCCGGAGUCUCCUCCACUCCAUGGCGUCGACAUGGAUGUCUUCUGCGAGAUAUACAUCAACGACACACUAGGAGGACGCACUACCGUCCAGAACGCCGUCGAUGGACUGCAUUACAAGGAAACAUUCUCGUUUUCGGACAUGCCCCCGUUCGACAACCUCACGAUCGUUGUUUUUCGUGAAAGGCGGUUAUCAAAGCCGGUCGAGGUCGGAACUGUGGAUAUCGUUCUCGCCAACUUCCGACGUGGAGAUAGGAUCGAUGGAUGGUGGCCUUUGUUGCGGGGAGAACCCGGCUCGACACAAGCUCAAGUUGGCGAACUGCAACUCUCAGUGCAGGUCGAUGAAGAGAUCAUACUUCCUUAUAGCGCUUACACUGAACUGCACGAUGAACUCAAUUCACGCAAUUGUUUGGAUUGGAUAGCGGAUCUGAGAGCGCAUCAACAACACAAUAACCUAUGUCGGGCCAUGAUAGCCCUGGCAAGAUCGCGGGACGUGUUGAUAGAUCAGAUCAUGGAGAUGGCCUCUCGGGAGGUGGAGGACAUCACAUUAGCUUCCCAGAAUACUCUCUUCAGGGCGAGCACCGCUCUUUCGAAGACUAUGGAACUGAUAAUGCUUGACACUGGUCACUCCUUCUUGGAGGCCAGUGUGGGUAAGACUAUCCGUCGCCUAUGCUCCGAGAAAGUGGCUUUAGAUAUGGAUGAAGGGCAAACAAAAACUGCUAAAGAAAUGGAACGGUCCUCCGAUGCGCUCGCCGAUUGGUGUCAGGAACUCUGGGAUCAGAUAUAUAGGAACAGAACAGGGUGCCCUCAUGAGCUGCGCCGUGUGUUUGAACACAUCCGAUUGCGGGUCGGACAACGCGUCCAGGCGCAGCCAGGCAUAGACGGAUAUCCAACUAACGACGCCUUACACGCCGUAAGCGCGUUCUGCUUCCUGCGUUUCAUCGUCCCUGCCAUUCUUAACCCCCAUCUCUUUGGUCUGAUCCCUGGACUUCCUGAGUUGGCUGUGCGGAGAAGUUUGACACACAUCGCCAAAUAUAUCCAAACGCUAGCCAACCUCAAGAUGUCGUUUUCGAGGAACGACAGAAUGCCUCGUGUCAAGACAUUCAUCAGCGAAAGCCUCCCCCAGAUGAAGGAUUACAUUCUAUACAUCUCGACACCAGUGCUCGAGCAACGCAAGCCGUCGAUUAUCCCAGGUACUGCUAGCGCUGUCCACGGGCGUACGCACGCUCUUCACGUUCUCCGCGAGCGCCGUCAAUCUUUACCGAUGCUUGCACGCGAGGCAAUCUCACACCCCACUUUGUUCCUUGAUGUGCCCAAGCACCUAGCCGUUGUCAGUUCGGCGGUGAUCAGACAAACGCAAACAACCGCCUCGACCAUCGACAGCAGAUCGAGGCAUGAGCCCGUGAUUGCGCUUCGCGCUCGUUGUUUCAAGGUUGAGGAACGCGCCCUGAGACAAGUCAACAAGCUCGCAAAUCUAUCGAGGCGAUCGCCAGGAAACGUCUCUAUUCUUACCUUGCCCAAUCCUGGUUACCCUUCGCAUCCCCCACGGCAGAAGGCGCCAUCUUCCGCCGCCCGAGACGCGACCACGCGCGGCAGCCCUCGUUCGCGCAAGCUGUCUCGCCCAUCUACAGCACCAUCUGCCAGUGGAAGUGAACUCUCAUUACCUCGGGACAACGGUUUGCAGCUUCCGGGAUCCUCACUCAUUUCGCAACGACGGGACUCAGAACCAAAGACGGCCAUCAGUUCUGGACCUGACACCACCGACGCGCUCGUUCCGCCGAGGGCUGCUUUCGUGAGGACUUCGCACCAGAAAGCGGCAUCGACCGAGUCGGCCUUGAAAUGCGUGGAAUCCGCAGACGAAGGAUUGUCCUCUCAUAUAAGCAAUUCGUUAGUGCCUGAUGAUGCCAAUCGAAAGAAGAAGAAUCUUUUCCGCGGAAUAUUGUCGCGGCGGUGA